AUGCAUCUUAUGUGCAACGUCGACGCCUCGGGCAAGCGUGCCUACACCCUCAAGAAGGUGCUCGAGGGCAAGGUGACCAAGUCUGCGCACCCGGCGCGCUUCUCGCCCGACGACAAGUGGUCGCGCCACCGCAUAACCCUCAAGAAGAGGUUUGGGCUGCUGCAGACGGAGAAGAAGGACCUCAAGGCGCUUCAGUCAUCAUGA